AUGACGCUGCUGGGACUGCUACUCGCCUCGGGCACUGCAGUGGCGGCGCAGAAUGCGAAGCCACACGUCCUGCUCCUCCUGGCAGACGACUACGGCUGGGCCAACUGGGGAAUCCACAAUACUGGAACUGGUCCGCAGGACAAGCAGCUGCAGGCAGAGAUCCACACUCCGAGCUUGGACAAGUUAGCAACCGAGGGUGUAAGGCUGGACCGGCAUUACACCUUUCGGAUCUGUUCCCCGUCGCGUUCCUCCUUGAUGUCUGGCCGCUUGCCGAUGCACGUGAAUUGGAUGAACACCGGCAUCACGUCCAACAACCCCAAGGACCCAGUCAGCGGCUCUGCCGGUAUCCCGCGCAACAUGACGGGCAUGGCUGCGAAGAUGAAGGAGGCAGGAUACCGGACGCACAUGGUCGGUAAGUGGGACGCUGGAGCUGCAACGCCACAGCACACUCCAUGGGGCAGGGGAUUCGAAUCGUUCUUCGGCUACAUGCAGCAUGCCAACGACUACUGGAACGAGGGCAUCGGCUUCACGGCCGUAGGCGAGGUAGAUGUGUGCCUUGAUAAGUUCGUGGAUUUCAGCUUUUAUAACGAAACGUUCAAGGGUGGCGUCUCAGCGGAGAUCGCCGCCGAGAUGGGCUGCCUGAAGGACACCGCGUACAACCACAGCAGGACCGUUGAGCUGCUGCCUCAGGUCAGCCCCACAGGAUGCGUGAACGAGUCCUACUGCUUGCCAGACAGCUGCUACGAGGAGGCCAUGCUGCGACAGCGUUGCCUACAGAUCAUCGAGCAGCACGACCUCUCGGAGCCGCUGUUCCUCUUCUUCGCGCCGCACCUCAUGCACACGCCGCUGCAGGUGCCUGACAGGUACCUGACGAAGAUCGACAAGAUGGUGACGGACGCAGGCGCACAGCCUUUCGACUCCUCGAACCGCAGGCUGUACGCGGCGAUGGUCCUCUACCUCGACGAAACCAUCGGCGCUGUAGUUGAUGCCAUGAAGACGAAAGGGAUGUGGGACAACACGCUCGUGAUCUUCACUUCCGACAACGGCGGCCCCAUCUACGAGCCUGGUGCGGCCAACAAUUACCCCCUCAAGGGCGGCAAGUACUCCGAUUGGGAGGGCGGCAUCCGCACCAACGCCUUCGUCUCCGGCGGUUUCGUCCCCGCAGCUCGCCGUGGCAGCGUGCACAGCGGCGUGGUUUCGAUCGCGGACUGGUACGGCACGGUGGCCGCGCUCGCCGGAGUGAGCCAGGAAGACAAGGCCGCCGAGGAUGCGAACGUGUGGCUGAAGGAGAAGGGUUUGCCCCUCCUGCCGCCUGUCGACAGCGUGGCUCAGUGGCAGCACAUCGUGAGCGGGACCAACGGCAGGCCUGACACGCUGUACGUCAGCAACAAGGCAGUGCUCAAGUAUCCUUGGAAGCUCGUUGCCUCGGAUCAGGUUUACAGCAUCUGGUUCGGCCAGCAGUACCCGAAUUGCACCACAAUCGAGGGGAUCGCCGACCAUGGCCCCGCGUUGCCACUGUUGGACGAGGUCCACCUUUUCGGGAAGUCGCUGGAUCUCGGCCUGAGCGCGGCGGCCAUCGCUCGCAUCAUGGACAUCGAGCACUGCGGGGACGGCAAGUUGUUCAACGUCGAGGAAGAUCCCACGGAGCACCAUGACCUGUCCGGGGAUCCGAAGUAUGCGAGUCUGCUAGAGGAGCUGCGCGGCGACCUGAAAAAAUUCAACGAGGGUCUCUUCGAGCCAGACCGCGGCGAGCCUGUCAUGGAGGCGUGCUGGGAGGCGAUGCGGGCGGGCGGCUUCUAUGGGCCGUACGUCGACAGCGCCGAUUUCUACAGCCCGAUCCAGAAGACGCCCAAGCAGAAGGCGGACGACGUGACGGACAAGGCCGAUCUGGAUUACGUGGAGCAGGUGCUGCUGCCCAACCGUACGAAGCAGAUCGAGUGGUUCCAGGGGCGGGUUGGAGACCUGACCAAAUUGCUGCACGGGGAUGCAUUCGACAAGUGCCUUAAGCCCCGUCUGGAGGCACUCGUGGUAUGA